AUGUCUUCACAAUUGGAACCAAAUGAAUGUCCCAUUUGUUUGGACCCAAUAGUGGGAAAGGAUUCUGUUGGAAUUGUCCAAAAAUGUGGCCAUAUAUAUCAUGAAAUGUGUAUAACCACAUGGUCUAGCCAUUCUAAUUCAUGUCCCACAUGUCGCAGAUUAUUUUACAAGAUAGAAUUUGCUACUUUGGAGACACCUCUGAAGAUCACCAAGAGUAUACUGGUACAGGACAAACUAGCACCCAAUGAUGCUAUUAACGAAAUUCCUUCUGAAUUCAUAAGGAAUGAGAAUACUCCAGGAAAUGAACGAGUAUCCACUCCCAUUAUUGAUGGAACAUGCUCUAUAUGUACAAGUUCUCAAUACCAACCAUCUCUAAGAAUGGUUAAUUGCACAUCUUGCCUAUCUCAUUUCCAUCUUAGAUGUCUUGGGAUCACGAGUGGAUCCCAAGAAACUUGGUAUUGUCCCAUAUGUGAUAAUAUUUUGGAUAUACGACAAAUUGAUGAUUCUAGAGGUUCUUCUAAUAGGAGGCGCCCCGUUCAAAGACGGAUACCAUCUUUACGGUCACCAAGAACGUCCACACUAUCUGAAACGCCAUCGUCAUCUUCUUCAAACUCUCGUAUUACAGAUGUAGUUUUCCGAAAUCCGGCUGCUGCAUCAUCACUUUAUAGUGGUCCAUUAACAUCAUCAAUAUCAUUUCAACAAUUUGGUGAUUCAACACCAUUGACAUCUAGUCACAGAUCUAAACCAACUGGAUUGGUGAUCUUUAAUAAUAAUAAUGAAUUGGAUGAUGAGUUUCUAGAGGAGAUUGAUGAGUCGGAAGAACCGAUACAACUGCUGGUCAUUAACGGUGGAAUCCUUCUAAGAAGAGAGCUCAGAGAACGUCAACAUCUUUCCCAGGAAGAAGCAAAAUCAUGGGAUAUUUUGAAUUCUGUGCGAGGAACGACGCCCAUAGGAGGACAUGAUGAUAUUAAUCAAGUUCAGAAUGAUGAGAGAGUUAAGGAAGAAUCCCCUCAAGGUAUUGUUCCCGAGAGACGGCGUCGUCGAAGAACUAAGAUGGAACUUAAAUCAGGGAUUAAUACUACAACAUCGUUGCAACCAUCUAUACCUACCUCAACUUCUACUACAGCAUCGUCAACCAUUUCUUCCUCACCCUCUACAUCUUCCUCCUCUUCCAUUUCAACUUCAACACCUUCAAGGAUAUCCAUACUAAUCAAUCAAAUGAAAACAUCUAAUAGACCAAGAGGGUAUGGAUUACUGAGUAAUCACCAACCACCACAAUUACUGGAAAGUCAUUCCCCAAGUGAUGGUUCUCCGAUGGCACUUAGCCCAAUCACCGUAGACAGUGAUAGUCUAUCUGAAGAAGAAGACUUAUUGAGAAAGAGAACUUGCCAAAAGCUUGAACCAAAACCUCUCAUUCGUGAAUUAACACUUGAACAAAAGCGAGAGAUUCAAGGUCAUCUUCGUACUCAUCUUCGCCCAUUAUAUAAGCCUGGAGCACAACCGGAGAAGAUGCAAAACAAUUUCAUCACUUCAGAGAAAGAGUAUAUUGAUAUAAACAAAAAUAUCUCACGGCAAAUUUACAAGCACAUUCUUUCUUUGGAAUCACCCAUAGAUGUUUUCCUGGACAAAGAUCACUUACAUAGGAUCAUUGAUGGAUUUGUAUCUAAAAUUGUAAACUAG